GAAAAUAUUUUGCUUCGCCAUCUGGUUAAUGGAAAAUGAAUUGCAAGGCAAUUAAUAUUGACUUUCUGUGUUUCUUAUAAUUAUAUUAAUUGUAACUGUUAGUUGGAAAGAACCACAAAAUGUUACAGCUUUAUAAGCAUGUUGCAAUAAUAUGCGUUUCUAUAGUAGGUAUAUACUGUACUGGAAAUCACUUAAAAUAUAAAUUGAAAGAUACUAAUGGCAUUUUUCCGAACAAGAACGUACUUCUCAUUAUCGGUGAUGAUGCUGGCUUUGAGACCCAAGUGUACAAUAAUAGUAUCUGCCAGACCCCCAACUUGAACAAACUUGGAGAACAGAGCAUUGUUUUUCGUAAUGCUUUUACCUCAGUGAGUAGCUGUUCUCCAAGUAGGUCAACCAUCUUGACAGGAUUGCCAGAACAUCAGAAUGGUAUGUAUGGACUUCAUCAGAAACUGCACCACUUUAACAGCUUUGACUCUGUUCGCAGUUUGCCAGCAGUUCUUCAGAAGCAUAAUAUACGAACUGGAAUUAUUGGAAAAAAGCAUGUGGGACCAGAAGAUGUUUACCCUUUUGACUUUGCUUUCACUGAGGAGAAUAACUCAAUACUGCAAGUGGGUCGCAACAUCUCUCGUAUAAAGGAAUUAGUUAGAAAAUUCCUUCACAUGAAUGAUUCAAGGCCUUUUUUCCUGUAUGUAGCAUUUCAUGACCCACAUCGUUGUGGACACACUAACCCAAAAUAUGGUGAAUUUUGUGAGAAAUUUGGAAAUGGGCAACCCGGGAUGGGAGAGAUUUCCGAUUGGACACCCAAGUAUUAUUCACCAGAUGAAGUAAUUGUACCUUAUUUUGUACCUGACACUCCAGCUGCUCGUGCUGACAUUGCUGCCCAGUAUACAACUGUGGGCAGGCUUGACCAAGGAAUAGGCUUAAUACUGAAGGAAUUAACUGAUGCAGGCUUGAGGGACAACACUCUUGUUAUAUAUUCUUCGGACAACGGUAUUCCCUUUCCUAGUGGCCGUACCAAUCUAUAUGAUCCUGGGAUGUCUGAACCAAUGCUAGUGUCAAAUCCUGAACACCGAGAGCAAUGGAAUCAAGUGUCAGAUGAUCUUGUCAGUUUGCUGGAUAUUACUCCCACUGUAUUGGACUGGUUUGAUAUUAGAUAUCCUCAUUAUAAGCUUUUCAAUGCUCCAGUACAUCUUACUGGGAAGUCUUUGCUUCCUCUUACUGAGAAAUUAGUUAAGUCUGAUGAUGUGCUUGAUUUCUCCACAGCUUUAUUUGCUAGUCAAAGUCUUCAUGAAGUAACUAUGUAUUACCCCAUGCGAGUUGUUCGAACUAAAAAGUACAAACUCAUUCAUAACUUAAACUUCAAAAUGCCUUUUCCUAUUGAUCAAGACUUUUACAUCUCACCCACUUUUCAAGACAUCCUAAACAGGACUCAAACACAGGUGACAACCCACUGGUAUAAAAACUUGACAGAAUAUUACUACCGACCGCAGUGGGAGCUGUACGACCUUAUAAAAGAUACUAAGGAAACUAACAACCUGGCAGAUUGUGCAGAGUUUCAAGCUAUCCUUUUCGAACUCCGUGACAUACUUCAUUCCUGGCAGUUGAAGACUGCUGAUCCAUGGAUCUGUGGACCAUCUGCAGUGUUAGAAAACUCUGGUAGAUUUAAGGAGCAUCCACGCUGUCUACCACUUUACAAUGACCUCACGUAGUUAAAAAUACUUGUCUCAAUUCAACAUUACAGCAUAUGUUUUUAAUGUAUUUAACAAUGAUAAUUAAACAUAUGGUGCACAUGUAUAUAUUGAUCAUCAGAAUACGAUAACUUAAUUUGUUUGGACAGUGUUUUAUUCUCUUCUGAAAUAGAUGCAUCACUGGUGGUUUUCUUUGGUAAACCUGUCUACUCCAACAUUAUUUGAGAUGUUAUAGAACAGAGAUAUAUCACCUUGACUUCCCAAUAAAGAAUGAUGAACAAGUUAUAAAAAAUACUGUACAUGAGGAUGCUUCUUGUCUUAAUUAAGUAUUUGAUAUUAUUGCAUUUUUACCACUGAUAGAUUGGAAAAUACCAUCUAAGUUUAAAUUU